UGCUAACAUUGUUGAGACUCCGUUGUGGCGGAAUGUGUGGCGAAAACUUCAAAGGAAACGUUGCCAGACACAGAUAAGCGGAUUAAUUCAGCUGCGUCGAGAUUUCUACGCUUUUAUACUGGCACGUAGACUGAAGAUGCUUUUGCCGGGGAAGCUCACACAAUGUCUCACGAAGGUGCUGGCAGGACGGGGAAGAUGUGGGCGGAAAGCGGCGGCAGAAAACAAUCCCAUCUCGCAGUGGAAGAGGAUGCAGGAUGGAUCUGAUUUGAAGGUUUGAGCAUUGCAAGCCUCCCCGUUCCUCCAUUCAUGUUGGACUGCAGGCAACUUAACUUCAAGGAUGAGUGAGGAUUGCGUUAUUUUUUUUUUGCACACAAGACACUUAAAAUAUACCUGAAGGAGCCUCAUUUGCAUAUUUGCACAGAUGAAAAACACUGUUCUCCGUUUGACCUCCGUGUACAAGGUCUCCCUGAAGACACAGCAGAGGUGACUCAUUGGAGUGGAAAGACAUGAUAAGACAAGGACAUAUCCAUGGGAAUACUCUUCGUUAAGCUUAGAAAUAAGAAUGCUGGAGUUGCCUCAAAGUUGACUUAGUACCAUUUUUGGAAGGGCUGCCUCAAUCAAAUCAACAAAAAUUGCCCGAAAUCUCUUAUUUUGUGUCCCCCUUUGAUGCUUAACCAAUGAAUGAAACCACGCUGAUGUGCAGCGAGUGAGCCUAGCAGUGCGUCAAAUCAAAUGGGAUCACGCAGGAAUGCAGGGACUGACGUCAAGUGGGCCGUUGGAUUAGUCAAAAUCUCGGGCGACACUCCGAAGUGUUCUUAUCAGCCAUUGUCGUAGUUCCGCAGCUUUAAAUUGUUUGGAUUUCGAACACAACACCAAUGGCGUCCCCACAACGUCAACAACUGUUGCCUCACAACACAGAAGUGAGCUGCGACUCGAGUGGUGAAGGCGGCGUCUCGGUUAGGAUCGGGAGCAGCGUCAAACACAAGCACGGGGGCGGAGCAUUGGGUUCCAUCGGUGGUGCCUUCAUGGCGGGUUCCAAGCACUGCAAGUACAGCAUCUCCUCCAGUUGUAGCUCCGGGGAAUCCGGAGUCAAGAGGACGUUUGUCAAGAGCCUCCGAUCGCAGAAGAGGGUACCUCAACUUUUCGAGAGAUCCGCCGGUCACUUCUGGGACCCAAAGUUCGACUCCUCUAUCCUGGAGGAAGCGUGCAGGGAACGAUGUUUUCCUCAAACACAACGCCGUUUCCGUUAUGUGCUUUUCUACCUAGCGACCACCGCCCUUCUUUGGGGUUUUUACUUUUCCGCCAACCCGUCCCGCUGCAGCAAAAUAGCCUUUCUUAUUCCCACGGCGUCCUUCCUUUUUUUCUGCCUCCUCCUCUUCCUGCUAACGUUUACAAAGUUCUACUCUCGCUGCUACAAUCAAGCAUCCCUGUUCCUCAUCGUCGUCACCUUCAUGCUGACCCUGGCCCCUCAGAUCCAGACGUCAGGCUUCAGAGAUCCAGAACCUCUCACUGAUGUGAUGGAGGUCGAUGAGUUAGGCGGGGCGGCGCACAACCUAUCCUACCUAAAGAUUGUAUCGGGUAGCGCUUGGCCUGUUUGUAUCUCCCCCGUUGGCACCUUCUCACUCUGUAUUGAAGUCCUCCUGUUGCUCUACAGCGUUCUUCAUGUCCGACUUUUUGCUUCCGUUCUACUCGGGGUCCUCUACUCUGUCUGUUUUGAGAUUUUGGGCUGGUUCCAUGUAACCCAGACAGUUGGAAGUUUGAGUUUAGCCCCCGAAAAAGACUGGACUACACUCCGAUGGUUGGCACCGGCUAAAGCCUUGCUUCACCUUUGUGCCCACGCUAUUGGUAUUCAUCUGUUCAUUAUGUCCGAGGUGCGGUCGCGUAGCACCUUCCUGAAAGUGGGACAAGCUAUCAUGCACGGCAAGGAUCUGGAAGUGGAGAAAGCCUUAAAAGAGCGAAUGAUCCACUCCGUCAUGCCCCGGAUCGUUGCCGAUGAACUAAUGAAGCAGGGUGACGAGGACAUCGGGGACAAUUCUGUGAAACGCUACUCCACAAGCGGCGCGGCUGCCGUCAUCGCAAGCCCCAAGAGCAAUAAACGCAAGAAGACCUCCAUCCCUCGAGGUCAGAUCAUCUUCAGACCCUUCAACAUGAAACGGAUGGAACCAGUCAGUAUCCUGUUUGCCGAUAUUGUUGGUUUUACAAAAAUGUCCGCCAACAAAUCGGCUCACGCUCUUGUAGGACUUCUUAACGACUUGUUCGGACGUUUUGAUCGCUUGUGUGAGCUAACCGGCUGCGAGAAGAUCAGCACCCUCGGGGACUGCUACUACUGUGUCGCUGGAUGUCCCGAACCCAGACCUGAUCAUGCCUACUGCUGCGUGGAGAUGGGCUUGGGCAUGAUCCAGGCUAUCGAGCAGUUCUGCCAGGAGAAGAGGGAGAUGGUGAACAUGAGGGUGGGCGUCCACACCGGCACCGUACUCUGCGGCAUCCUCGGAAUGAAGCGCUUCAAGUUUGAUGUUUGGUCCAACGACGUCAACUUGGCCAACCUGAUGGAGCAGCUGGGUGUCGCCGGGAAGGUCCACCUCUCGCAGGCCACCGCCAACUUUCUCGACGAUCGCUACCAGCAUGAAGACGGACAGGUCAAUGAGAGAAUCGGACAAAGCGUGGUGGCGGACCAGCUCAAAGGCCUCAGGACCUACCUGAUUUCUGGAAGGAAACUGGAGAAGCACCCUCAUUGUAGCUGCUCCCAGCUGACCGUGUCCGCCUCCGAGCAUGCCGACGUGAAGUGCUGCUCGCAGAGAGCGCACCCCCCCGAUGGAGCGCCUUCAGCCUGCAGUCUCCCCCCAGAUGGAAGCAAGCCGUCGUGUCCAUCCUGCAGCGUCAUCCUGAUAUCAGGAGGCGAUGAGGUUGAGGAGGAAGGUGACGUGAAGCUGAGCUGCCGUGAAGACCACAGGACCAGCAACGGCAAGGACACAUCUGGACUCAAGUGUUCCCCGGGGGGGUCUGCCGCUCGCGGCCCCAAGGCUCAGAACGGUCUGCUGAGCCCCCGACUGGAGCCUCUGAACAACAGCCAGACAUCUCUGUGCGAGAUGCUUCAGGAGAAGGAGAAGAAGACGUGGGCCGGGGGGGCCAUGGGCAUGGACCACUCUGCCCUCAUCCCGCUACGCUCCAAAAACUUCAGAGAGAGAAGCGACGCCCACUUUGUGGACGUGAUUAAAGAGGACAGCCUGAUGAAGGACUAUUUCUACAGACCGCCCAUUAACAAGCUGUGCCUCACCUUCUUGGAUAAGAGCCUGGAGUGUUCUUACCAAAUCAGCUACCAGGAGGAGGUGGAGGCCCAAGCUCCGGUGCAGACCUUCGCCAGCCCCACGUUUAGUUCUUUCCUGGACAUGCUCCUGUGCUCGUCCGUCUUCCUGGCGUUGUCGCUGGCCUGCUUUCUUCGCUCUAUCGUCGCCCGACUGAGUCCGCCCACACCGGCUCUGGUUCUGACCGCCGUGGCCGCCUUGCUGGAGGCAAUGGCUCUCUUUUUGGCAAUACGUAUGGCCUUCCACUUGGACGGCGCCCUGAGCUGCACGCGGACUCUGAUGAAAGCCAUCUCGGGCUGGAUUCCACGUCACCUGAUAGGCGCGCUGGUGGUGUCGCUGCCCGCUUUGACCGUCCUCUCCCACGUCACCUGCGAUAUGCGUGACUGCGUUCAGUUCACCAUGUUCAUCUGCUGCGCUGUCAUCAUCGCCAUCGUUCAGUUCUGCAACUCCUGCCAGCUCCGCUACUGGAUGCGUUCAAGUUUGGCAACGUUGGUGGGAUUGGCGCUGCUUUCACUGCUCUUCACGUCUCCGUGCAGAGUUGCUGCAAGCCUAUUUUUCUGGUCAGACGAGCAGAACAACAACAUCAACAACAACAACAGCUCAGUCCUCGUAUCCGACAGCCAGACGGAGCAGGACCGUAUUCCGCACCCCAAAGACCUGCUGGGCCCAGAAGCCUGCGUGGCCUUUUUCCUGCUCCUCCUCCUCGUCUGGUUCCUCAACCGGGAGUUGGAGGUGAGUUACCGCCUCCAUUACCACGGCAACGUGGAGGCCGACCAGCACCGCAUCAAGAUCCAGAACAUGAGGGACCAGGCCGACUGGCUGCUCCGCAACAUCAUCCCCAUCCACGUGGCCGAGCAGCUGAAGGUCACCCAGAGCUACUCCAAGAACCACGACAACGUGGGCGUCAUAUUCGCCAGCAUCGUUAACUUCAGCGAGUUCUACGAGGAAAGCUACGAGGGGGGCAAGGAGUGCUACCGGGUCCUCAACGAGCUCAUCGGAGACUUCGACGAACUGUUGCGGAAGCCCGCUUUCGCCAAUAUCGAAAAGAUCAAGACCAUUGGUGCCACGUAUAUGGCGGCGGCGGGGCUCAACGCCCAGCAGUGUGCGGACACCACCCAUCCUCACACUCACCUUCGCGCCCUGUUUGAAUUCUCCCUGGAGAUGAUGCACGUGGUGGACGACUUCAACAAGAACAUGCUGGGCUUCGGUUUCAAGCUCCGCAUCGGAUUCAACCACGGGCCGCUCACCGCCGGGGUCAUCGGAACCACUAAGCUACUGUACGACAUCUGGGGCGACACGGUCAACAUCGCAAGCCGCAUGGACACCACCGGCGUGGAGUGCCGCGUCCAAGUCAGCGAGGAGAGCUACUGCGUCCUCAGCGGCAUGGAUUACGAGUUCGACUACCGCGGCACGGUGAAUGUCAAAGGAAAAGGUCAGAUGAAGACCUUCCUGUAUCCCAAAUGUGGCGACAGCGGCCCCGUACCUCAGUACCAGCUCUCCGUCUCCCCGGAGAUACGAGCGCAAGUGGAUGGCAGCAUCGGGCGCUCGCCCACCGAUGAAAUCGCUAGCAUGGUUCCCACUACCGGCGCGGCUCCCGUCGGCGCCAUGGUGCCGAGCGCCAGCGCCGGCUCCUCCAUUAAAACGGGGCUCAGCCACGACAGGGCGCCGAGCGGGGACAGACGGGGUGGCCUUCAGUGUCGUCCUUGUCACGCCAGGCGGUCGGUGUCGCACAGCGGCCUCAGCGGCCUGGAGGCACCGCCUUGCUUCGCCAAUAAGAACCAACUCGCCAUCUUCUCAGCGGGAAAGCCUCAUCAAAACAUAACAGCGGCGUCCCAGAAGGACAAACCUGAAAGCGGAAGUGCUUCAAACAGACUUUAAAUUUGCCUUCUACCCUUUAAGGCCCACGCAGGCCAGGAGGUGGACCAACCAAAGGCACACGGCCUUCAUCAUGUCUACCUUUAAUCUUUCUUUUCAAGUGCCUUUAGCGUAGAACAACGUCUCCACUUCAGCCUUUUUCAAAAGGGAACUGAUUUUGUGGGCAAAACAUUUUUCAGCGUUUUGCUUAUCUUGGCCUUUCUAUGAACAAACAGACCCCACACGCUUCAAGUGCUACAUCGCCAGGACGCGUAGGACACGGGGAGGAUGGAAUAGUCAGAAAAAGCUUUCCAGUCCGUGUUGAUUGUGGAAACACUAAAGGGAAUGUGUGCACUUUUAUUGGAAUUUUGCCCAUCAUCCACAAUCCUUAUGGAAGACACAAACACACAGAGAAGAGGCGUGGAAAUCAUAGGUCUACUUCUACUACGUCGCUCGUGGCCUGACAAUAUGAGUGACUGUGUGGGGAAGCUAGUCGCUAUCCAGCUAGUCACGAGCCAGCUGGUCGCUAUCAAGCUAGUCACUAGCCAGCGAGUCGCUAGCCAGCGAGUCGCGAGCCAGCGAGUUGCUAUCCAGCACGUUGCUAUCCAGCUAGUCGCUAUCCAGCUAGUCACUAGCCAGCUAGUCACUAGCCAGCUAGUGAUGAGCUGGCUAGUGACUGUCACUAGCCAGCUAGUCACUAGCCAGCUAGUCACUAUAAAGCUAGUCACGAGCCAGCGAGUCGCUUUCCAGCUAGCCAG